AUGAGCACCGAGGCGAGGCCGCCACGGCUGGCCGUGAGAGGGCUGGUUCUGGUGCAGCCCUUCUUCGGCAGCGCCGAGAGGACGGCCCAUGAAGAGAGCUACGUGAGGCAAGGGAGCCAGCAGGAGCUUCUGGCCAGGUGGUACGACUUGUUUUGGAAGCUCAGCCUUCCCCAGGGCGCUGACAAGAGCAGCCCCUAUUGCAACCCCAAGGCUCACCUCUCGAGCCUACCGAGCCCAGUCAACGGCCCGCCGGCGCUCGUUAACCUGGCCGGGCUGGACCUGCUGCUGGACAGGGGCUUGUGGUACGCCGAGAUGGCACGGACCCACAUGAAGUCCAAGGUGGAGGUGAUGGUGGCGGAAGGGCAAGAUCACAAUUACCACGUGAACCAACCUACUUCUAUUCAAAAGAAUCGCCUCCUCACUGGGAUCUCUCAGUUCAUCAACUCACAAAGCUCGCGUUGA